AAUGUAGACAUUUUUUUGUGUAGACAGAAUAAGUCAUUGAGCACGAGGUAUUGACGAGCACGAGGUAUUGACAAGCACAAUCCGAAUUCAUUCAAAAAAUAAAAAUUAAUUGCUAAAAAUGUAUUUAAUGUAUUAUUUGAAUGAAAAUGGAGAACGAAUAUAUACAUUAAAGAAAAUCGAUCCAAAUGGAAAACCAACGCUAUCGGCUCAUCCAGCUCGAUUUUCUCCAGAAGAUAAAUAUUCUAGAGAAAGGAUAACAUUAAAACGAAGAUUUGGUUUGUUACUCACACAACAACCGCUACCUACUUAUUAAUAACUCUAUGUUAUAAUUUAUAAUUAAUACAUAUAUAUGCAUGUUGUGAUAAUUAUAUGUGUAUAUAUAUAUAUAUAUAUGUAUAUGAUGUUAAAUAUAGCAUAAAAUUUCUUAAAUAUGUAUGCUUAAAAUAUAUCAUAUUUCUUGCUGCUUAAAUAGGCAACUGAACUUUUAACGCCUACAAUUUCCUCUUCUGAUAAUCUGAAUGUCUGCUUUUCAAUAACUCAACAUGUUUAUGUAUUCAUAACAUUUAUAAUUACAUUAGGGUGUAAAUUAUAUUUGAAAUAUAAUUGAUACUUCAUGUGUAAUGGAUUAAUUAUUUACUUUAUGUAAUAAAAUCCUUUUUAUUCAGAAUUCAUCUUAACAUGUACAUAUAAAAAAUAAAAGUUAUAUUUUAACCUAU